GGUGCAUGAGUCUCUCCAUGAGAGAUCCGGUCAUUCCUGGGACGAGCAUGGCCUACCAUCCCUUCCUACCUCACCGGGCGCCGGACUUCGCCAUGAGCGCCGUGCUGGGCCACCAGCCGCCCUUCUUCCCGGCCCUCACGCUGCCUCCCAACGGCGCCGCGGCUCUCUCCCUGCCGGGCGCCCUGGCCAAGCCCAUCAUGGACCAGCUGGUGGGGGCCGCGGACAGCGGGAUCCCCUUCUCUUCUCUGGGGCCACAGGCUCAUCUGCGGCCUCUCAAGACCAUGGAACCCGAGGAAGAAGUGGAGGACGACCCCAAAGUGCAUCUCGAGGCCAAAGAACUCUGGGAUCAGUUUCACAAAAGGGGCACAGAGAUGGUCAUUACCAAGUCUGGGAGGCGAAUGUUCCCUCCAUUUAAAGUAAGAUGUUCUGGGCUGGAUAAAAAAGCCAAGUAUAUUUUGUUGAUGGACAUUAUAGCAGCGGAUGACUGCCGAUAUAAAUUCCACAAUUCUCGGUGGAUGGUGGCGGGUAAGGCCGACCCUGAAAUGCCAAAGAGAAUGUACAUCCACCCGGACAGCCCAGCCACCGGGGAGCAGUGGAUGUCAAAAGUUGUCACUUUCCACAAACUGAAACUCACCAACAAUAUUUCCGACAAACACGGAUUUACUUUGGCCUUCCCAAGUGAUCACGCAACGUGGCAGGGGAAUUAUAGUUUUGGUACUCAGACUAUCUUGAACUCCAUGCACAAGUACCAGCCUCGGUUCCACAUCGUGCGGGCCAAUGACAUCUUGAAACUCCCUUAUAGUACGUUUCGGACAUACUUGUUUCCCGAAACCGAAUUCAUCGCUGUGACGGCAUACCAGAAUGAUAAGAUCACGCAGUUGAAAAUUGACAACAACCCUUUUGCCAAAGGUUUCCGGGACACUGGCAAUGGCAGGAGAGAAAAAAGAAAGCAGCUCACCCUGCAGUCCAUGAGGGUGUUUGAAGACAGGCACAAGAAGGAGAAUGGUACCUCUGAUGAGUCCUCCAGCGAACAGGCGGCUUUCAGCUGCUUUGCCCCGUCCUCAUCCCCAGCCGUCUCCACCGUGGGCACCUCCAACCUCAAAGCAGAUCUGUGUCCCAGCGAAGGGGAGAGCGACACGGAGGCUGACAGCAAAGAGGAGGCGGGCCCCGAAGCCUGCGACACUGCCAAGAUCACCACCACCACGUCGGAGGAGCCGGGCCGCGACAAAGGCAGCCCCGCGGCGGCCAAGGUGCACCUGUUCGCGGCCGAGCCCAGCGGCCGGCCCCGGGACAGCGGCCGGCCGGACAAGGCGUCCCCGGACUCCCGCCACAGCCCGGCCACCAUCUCGUCCAGCACCCGCGGGCCGGCCCCCGAGGAGCACAGGAGCCCCGGGGCGCCCAAGGCGGAUGAGCCGCGCCCCCCGCCGGCCAAGGAGGCCUUUGCGCCGCUGUCAGUGCACACGGACCCCACAGCUGCAGCGCACCUGGCCCAGGGCCCCCUACCCGGCCUGGGCUUCACCCCUGGCCUGGCCGGGCAGCAGUUCUUCAACGGCCACCCACUCUUCCUGCACCCCAGCCAGUUUGCCAUGGGAGGAGCCUUCUCCAGCAUGGCUGCUGCUGGCAUGGGGCCCCUGCUGGCCACAGUGACUGGGGCGUCUACCGGUGUCUCGGGCCUGGACUCCACGGCCAUGGCCUCGGCAGCAGCCGCCCAGGGACUGUCGGGGCCAUCGGCGGCCACCCUGCCCUUCCACCUGCAGCAGCAUGUCUUGGCCUCCCAGGGCCUGGCCAUGUCACCUUUUGGAAGCCUGUUCCCGUACCCCUACACUUACAUGGCUGCCGCUGCGGCUGCCUCCUCGGCUGCGGCCUCCAGCUCGGUGCACCGCCACCCCUUCCUCAACCUGAGCUCCAUGCGCCCAAGGCUUCGCUACAGCCCCUACUCCAUCCCCAUGCCCCUGCCCGACGGCAGCAGCUUGCUCACCACCGCCCUGCCCUCCAUGGCCACGGGGCCCCUGGACGCCAAAGCCGCCACCCUGGCCACCAGCCCGGCCUCCGUGGCUCUGGACUCGGGCUCGGAACUCAACAGCCGCUCCUCCACGCUGUCCUCCAGCUCCCUGUCCUUGUCGCCCAAACUCUGCCCCGACAAGGAGGCGGCCAGCAGCGAACUACAGAGCAUCCAGCGGCUAGUCAGUGGCCUGGAGGCCAAGCCGGACACGGCCCGCAGUGGCUCCCCCUAGACCCUCCUGUGGAAGUUCCUUCAUUCCAGUCCGGUCUGCAAUGCACUUUGUCGUCUUCGUCGGAUGCCGGUGGAAGGGAGAGGAACCCUUCCCGGCUGGAAUCUGGCUUGGGAAUGGGGACCCUCUCCCCACCCUACCUGGGACUCCCUGGAGAGAAUGUGCUAGAAACAGGUCUUCUAGGCCUGGUGGAAGCCUCCAGGAUCUCCUUCAGAUCCUGGGGAGCUCAGAUGCAGAGUUGCACUGAGCAGGGGAGGGAGGGAGGGAGGGGGGAAGCCCAGGCACACGUGGAGUGCACCUUCCAGCUGUGACUGGA